UCACGUCAAAAUGACACUUUUUAAUAAUUUUCGUAAAUUAAGUAAUUUUGUGAAACCGCUCAAAAGAACUGAGUGUUUGAUUGUGUUAUCGAGGCGCACAUUUGCCAGUGGCUGGAUGUGUUGUGGACGUAAAGCCAAGUUGGUAGACCCUUUAACUGAGUCUGUUUGUGAUGAAGAUGGGACGUAUGACUAUGAUCUGGCGGUGCUGGGAGGUGGGUCGGGAGGCCUGGCCUGCGCCAAGGAGGCCAUCAACCAGGGCGCGAAGGUCGCAGUGUUAGACUUUGUCACACCCUCGCCGCAGGGCACCAAAUGGGGCCUCGGUGGAACGUGUGUCAACGUUGGAUGUAUACCCAAGAAGUUGAUGCAUCAAGCUGCCUUGCUUGGAGAGGCGAUACACGAAGCGGUGGCGUACGGUUGGCAAGUACCUUCAGUAGAUCAGGUCAAAAUAAACUGGUCUUCGUUAACAGAAGCUGUACAAAACCACAUCAAAUCCGUCAACUGGGUGACCAGAGUUGACCUCAGGGAGAAGAAGAUCGAGUACAUCAACGGUUUAGGAUCAUUUAAGGAUCCACACACGAUAAUAGCGACAUUAAAGAAUGGAAGUCAGAAAGAGUUGACGGCCAAAAAUAUUGUUAUCGCAGUCGGCGGUAGGCCCCAUUAUCCAGAUAUUCCCGGGGCGAAGGAGUAUUGUAUAAGCAGCGACGAUAUCUUCAGUUUGAGCAAUCCUCCUGGCAAGACCCUGGUUGUUGGUGCUGGAUACAUCGGUCUGGAGUGCGCCGGUUUCCUCAACUCGCUGGGCUACUCGUCGACGGUGCUGGUGCGCUCAGUGCCCCUGCGCGGCUUCGACCAGCAGAUGGCGGGCAUGAUCACCAGCGAGAUGGAGGAGAAGGGCGUCAAGUUCCACCAUCGCUGCAUCCCCGUGUCGGUGGAGAAGCUGGAGACCGGCCAGCUCAGAGCUCGCUGGCUGAACACGGAGACUAAGGAACAAGGCGAAGACAUUUUCGACACAGUGCUUCUGGCCACAGGACGGUAUGCGCUCACUGAACAACUCAACCUCAAAGCGGCGGGCGUUAAUGUACUAUCAGAGAACGGCAAAGUGGUAGCGGAGACAGAGCAGACAAACGUGCCGCACAUCUACGCGGUGGGCGACGUGCUGGAGGGCCGGCCCGAGCUCACGCCCGUCGCCAUCCACGCCGGCCGCCUGCUCGCGCGCCGCAUGUUCGGCGGCGCCUCGCAGCUCAUGGACUACGACAACGUGGCCACCACCGUCUUCACGCCGCUGGAGUACGGCUGCGUCGGCCUCAGCGAGGAGCAGGCCACGCAGAGGUACGGGGCGGACAAUCUGGAGGUGUACCACGCGUUCUACAAGCCCACGGAGUUCUUCAUCCCGCAGCGCAACAUCCGCAACUGCUACCUGAAGGCGGUGGCGCUGCGCGAGGCGCCGCAGAAGAUCCUGGGGCUCCACUUCGUGGGGCCCGUCGCCGGGGAGGUCAUACAGGGCUUCGCGGCCGCUGUCAAAUGCGGCAUAACAAUGGAACAGCUGGUGAACACGGUGGGCAUCCACCCCACUGUGGCGGAGGAGUUCACCCGGCUCAACAUCACCAAGCGCUCCGGCAAGGACCCCAACCCUGCCUCCUGCUGCAGCUAAGUUACCCCGCUAUAGCACUACUAGAUACACGAAUAAAAUCACGGAUUUGUGUUUAACUAGAUAUUGCCUGCCGAAGCUUGCAAAUUUUUUUCUCUAUCCCUUGUAACUGUUUUUUUUUUUAUAAGAGUAUCCUAGUUCGUCUAUACCUCUUGACAACUUUAAUUUGAAAUUGCAUCAGUAUAAUACGUGGAAAGGUAACUAAUUCGUUAGGUACCACAUUUAUAUGCUUUUCUAGACGCCAUUGUUCCAUUUUUGUUGUUCCGCUUUUUGCAUAGAUGGAAUAAUAUGAAAUCCAACUGUAUAAAACUUUUGCUAAUUCAAUGUGAUUUUACAUUACAUUGUAUUAAAUUUUAAUUAAAAUUCGUUAUAAAUAUUCAUUAUAAAACGGAUUUUAAAGUACAGCAAUCUGGAAAAACGCAGCAAACAGGUGCAAUGCAUUGUGCGAUAUCUAGUUAAAUAAUGGUCCGUGAAUAAAACCUUCCAACUACCUAAUUGAAGGGUCACCUUCAAACAAAUUAACAUUUAAUUUUUAGUUACAUAAGUACAGUAUCUGAAACAUGUUCUAGUAAAAACUUUUGUUUUGUUAAAUUAUGGUAACACACUUCCGAAUCUUGCUGUUAUUUUGGUCAACUCGGUAUUUUUCUUAUGGUUAAUUAAUAAAUAUGAUAUUUGAAUUAAAGUUCUAAGAAAAAUAUUAAUUGAUUUUGUACAUUUAAUUAUUAAUUUAUAGGAAAAGUUGAACAUUUUCAAGCCUUUUCUAUAAAAGUUACAGGAAACUGAACAGUUUGACUUUAUAAAACAUUUUCACGAAGAAAUACUUAAAUUCACUUGGUUUGUUACAUAAAUUAAAACAAUUAGUAAAUAGAUUGUAAUAAAUGAUAUUUUUAGCACAGAUAAUAGGAAUUAUUUAUGGAAAAUUAAUGUCCAUAAGGCCCAGCACAGACGACAAUAUAUCUGCGUAAGUUAAAACAAAAUACAGUAUUGCUACUUCUAAAAUCAAAAUCUGAUUAAGCUUUUGAACUGAAACUUUUUGAACAUCAAGCUUUGAUAUAGAUAGGACUAUUACCAUAAAGACAAUUUAACUUUUCGGAUAUUUACUAAAUCAGUUUCAAGAAAUAAACCAGUUUUACUACCUUUUGACAGCUUAUUCAAAAGUUUUGUCUUUGUCAUUUGACAUAAAGUAAAAAAGUGAAAAAACAUACGUUUAGAUUUUCCAACACUUCUCAAAAAGUUGUGAAACUGGCCCUUUGGCUUUUGUUCAUAUUAAUAUUGUGUGUAUUUGUAUCAUUAAAUGAAAACACAUGAAUAAAGUCAAAGUAACUUGGAACUGCUCCAAGCGUUAUCUUUUUAAGUCACUAAGUUAGAGAAUACCUCAGAUGAUUACUUACAUAGUACAAACUUCUUCGCGUUCUGGUUAUUAUUAUUUUCCAUCGUCUGUGCUAAGCCUAAUUUAGUGAGUUGUAGGCUAGUAGUUGUGAAUUAUAAUAAAUUCGAUAUUCAUUCCUACAAAUUAUAAGAUUGAACUUAUAAAAAAUUAUUUUAAAAGUAUCUAUUUUUUUAGAAAACAAGAAUUAAUACAGAUGCUCUAAAAUGGAAAAAUCCUUGACAACAACAAUUGUAUGGCAGAGAUCAUGUUUUGCUUUUAAAAUUCAACUUUUAUGCAAAGUAUUAUCCAUACCACUAACUAUUAAAAAACCCUCAUGGGAAAGUAUAUUUGCCUUUGUAGUAAGAUCAAAUAAUUUUAUUGAAGAAGUUCAAAUAGCUUUCAAGUUAGAUGAAAGCUUAGGGCUCCUUCACACGGGCCACCGGCCACAACCACAAAACGCUGCUACCGGCAUAUUUCCUGUAGUUUGAUACAUUUUAUAUGGACUCGCCGCACACGGUUGACGCCGGUGGCCCCACACGCUACAUUCGUCGCUGCUCGCUUCUUGUGGCCCGCAUCGGCCACUAAACGCCGCUAUCCGCCAUUCGUGCGGUUUCGCACCCCUUUCUCCCUUAUCUCAGUUAAACUGUUACUGUCGAAAAGUAGCAGCCACCGACCGCAAGUGUCGACCACUGGCCACAAGUGGCUGUCGCGCGCUUCAGCUACUUUUGUGGCCCCUUCUUGCUUCUUGUGCCGGCGUUUGUGGCUGUCGCGUGUGACCCGUGUGCGGCGACCCUUAUUGUAUGGUUUAUAAAAUCUCGUAUAGAUGUUGUGCCGCUAAGGUAUUAUUAAUUUGUCAACAAUAAUAUGAAAAUGUUAAAUGUUGUUAACAGCUACACGUUUGAAAUAGUAGUAGUAGUAUUGCAGGGGAUUUAAUUAUAAUAGUGUUUUGUUUAUUAAAUUAUCAUACCAGUGAAUUACGAAUAUUUUUUUUAUUAUUUUUAGUUAGUGUCAUUAAAGUUGAGCAAUCAUGAAAAUCUUACCUCUUCUUCAGUUCUUUAGAAUGAUAAACUUGCCAUUUUCCAUUUUUUCAAGAUUCAAAAUAUAUAAGAUAUGAAUAUGAAUAUACAACUUAAUUAUAAAUUGAAUCUGGUGCAUAAUGUUAACAAAAAAAUAAUUUAUUGUUAUUAUUAUAUUGUAACAUCACUUACAGUUCUGUAAAACAGAAUUGGGACAGUUUGCUCAGGAUUUACAGAAUUUUUAGAAUUUUGUUAUUUUUUACAAUAUACUUGGUUAAAAAUUUUACUUUAUAUUGGUCAUAAUUCAUUGAAAAUAUACUCCUAAUGUGUAAAUGUUUUUACUAUUGUCUCGAUGUCGUUAGUUUUUUAAUUGGGUGUUGAAAUAAGAUAUUGUUAGAUGUGGAUAGAAAAGUAGGUUUUAUCCACUAGGAGGAAUAACAGAGUGAUUGUCUGUUAGUUUGCUCUGCACGUCUUCACAUUAUUUACCUAAUUUAAUUAAUAUUAAUCAGUUAUUGUCACUGUAAUUUAAUCUCUAUUGUGAUUCAACUAAUAAAGUGAUAUAUUUUUUAA